AUGCACCGUACCCCGAAUGAUAAAAUGAAAAGUACGUCAAUCCUUAAUAUGUCAGCAAUACCACGCAUUGAGCGCCUUAGUCCGGAAGUAAUUAAUCGUAUUGCAGCUGGAGAAGUCGUGCAUCGUCCUGCUAAUGCAGUCAAAGAAUUGCUUGAGAAUGCACUUGAUGCAGGAGCUACACAUGUGGCAGUAACUGUGAGUCAAGGAGGUCUCAAGCUCUUGCAGAUCCAAGACAAUGGACGAGGCAUUCAGCGUCAGGAUCUCGAGAUUGUUUGUGAGCGUUUUACAACUAGUAAACUUAAGACUUUUGACGAUCUUAAAGAUAUCAAAAGUUUUGGCUUCAGAGGUGAAGCACUCGCUAGUAUUUCGCAUGUAGCGCAUGUGUCAAUCACAUCUCGGACAGCAGACCAGCCUUGCGCUUAUAAAGCUUCGUAUCGCGAUGGAAAGUUGGUGGCAAAGCGACCAGGAGAGUCGAAAGAUCCGAAACCAUGUGCGGGAAAGAACGGAACAUUAAUUGUGGUUGAAGAUUUGUUUUAUAACUUGAAUACGCGAAAAGUGGCGCUGAAGAAUGCGUCAGAGCAGUAUAGCAGAAUCCUGGAUGUAGUGCAAAGAUAUGCUGUUCACUUUGGUGGAAAGGGUGUCGGAUUCGUUUGCAAAAAGCAUCGUGAAUCUUCAUGUGGUGUUAACACUACACAAAGCUCUUUGCAGUUGGACGCGAUCCGUGCUAUCUACGGUAACAAACUUGCAGGUGAGCUCAUUCCAUUUGAGCACAUUAGAGGCGCAAGUGCUACAGGCUCGUUGGAUCUACAGCGUCAUGUUCGUGGAUACAUCAGCAACGCUAAUUAUCAUCUGCAGAAAAGCACAUUCAUCCUAUUUAUCAAUGACCGUCUUGUCGAGUGUCCAUCGCUCAAGCGGGCUUGUGAGUAUGUUUAUUCGCUGUAUCUACCGAAGAACACACACCCGUUUCUCUAUCUGAGCAUGGAACUUCCUCCACGUAACAUCGAUGUAAAUGUUCAUCCUACAAAACGAGAGGUCCACUUUCUACACGAAGAAGACAUAAUCGAUUCGAUAAGUCAAGCGCUCGAAAAGCAGUUAAAAGGUAGCAAUGAAAGUCGAAGUUUUUCUGUGCAGCCGAUCACAACCAUGCUGGAAAUCCCUUCAGCAAAUAAUAGAGAUGUGUUGACGAAACAGCGCAGACGCAAAAGUAUCACUGACGAGGAUCACAGAAACGCAGAAUCAAGCGAGGAAGAAAAAGACAAGCAAGAGCUUGAAAGCAAAGAUGAAGCUAACACGUCUGUUGAUUCGAUUGAGCUUGAUCUCAGUGAAAAGAGGACGCCACCUUCGAAAAUAUACCAACCAGCACGGGCUCCGCAGCGUUUAGUGAGAACUGAUCAUCGCUCCAACACAAUUGACAAAUAUUGUUUUCUGGAAUCUCAAAGAAGUCAUCUUUCGCAGUCAAGUUCGCAAGACACUGAAGAAGACAAAAACGUUAAUCGUGACAGAAGUGUUUCGAAGCACAAUGAGAUCGUCAAGAGCCCCAAUGCUGCAACGUCCACCUUACCUUGCAAAAGAAAGCUGUCAGUCAUUCAAUCUACUCAUGAGCCUACACCCGAGCACGAAAAUGAUCGUCGUGAAAGUCUGGAAAAUACUCAAAGUCCACAGAUGCUAUCAAGCGUCCAGAAUUUAUUGCUUGAUAUUCAAAAAAAGACGAACAACGCACUUUGUCGGCUUUUUCGUGAGCACAGUUUCGUUGGAGUCGUUGACAAGCACUUUUCACUCGUGCAAUGCCGUACAAAGCUGUACAUUGUGCGACACGAUGCUAUUGCCUUUCAUGUGUUCUACCAGCAAGCAUGUCACCAGUUCGGUGCAAUGCGACCGAUAAAUUUUCAAACUUCGUUUUCGAUAUACGAUCUUGUGCUUGAAGCGCUUCGAAAUCCGCGAAAUGGCUACGCCGACGAGGACGGACCCAAAGAGCAGCUUGCCGAUGAAAUCAAGACACUUCUGAUUGCCAAUGGUCCAAUGCUUUCUGAAUACUUUUCACUCGAUAUUGAUUCGCAGGGGAUGCUGCGAACAAUUCCUCAGCUUUUACCUGAUCAUGAACCUUCAGUCCAUUCCCUACCAGAAUUUGUGUUCCAUCUGGCAACUGAAGUGAAUUGGGAGGAAGAGGAGCCAUGUUUUGAGACAGUGGCACAGGUGUUAGCUCAAUAUUACGGUGAAAUGCGAUACCCUAACAAUGCCGAGAGCGAAGCAUUAGUUUUAGAGCAUGUGUUGUUUCCAGCGACAAAAUCUUCAUCUUUUUGUCCACCUCAUGAGCUCAACGAUACGCAAUUGAUCACACCUGUCGCGUGCCUUACAAACCUCUACAAGAUCUUUGAGCGAUGUUGA